AGCACGCCAGGGAAGUCCACCACUUUUAAGAUGGCCCUGCCCCCUGGUUAUAAACUUUCGCAUCUAGCGCUGUAUGUGACUGCAGUAUUUCAUGUCUAUCGAUUAGGAGCGCGCGCAUGCAGCUCACGUGAACGCGCUUGACAAUACAUCAUCUCCCUCCCGUCCCGACCCGAGUCCCCCCUCACUCUCUCUACUGUUUGAGCGUCAUUACGCGACGGACGGAGGCUCGCCUUCACGUCGCCGCAAUCCAAGGCCGCGCUAUGUCCGUCAGGCACGCGUCUCGUCCACUUUGGAUGCCGUGGAGCUUUUAGGACAUGUUGGUCCCUUGGCUCUUCCUGGUCCUUUUCGUUGGGAGCCCACAACUUGCUGAGGCUGACUCGUGCAACUGGAGUGCAAGUGACUCUCCGGCCAGCACGGACCCAAGGAUGAUCCUGCAAGUGCGACUGCGCUGCGCAGAAGGUUCCGUCCGGUGGUCCUACCCGGGCCGAGCUCUCCGUGUGAUCUUGGAGCCCAACUUGUGGUCCUCCUCCUCGGCGCGUGACACCCUCUGCAUCAAAGCGGCCCCGACCUUCGGCGGGGCCACCCUGUUCGUCCGUCGCAGCGGAAAGCUGGAGCCGCUUCUGGCGGACGGCGAGGGAGAGGAAGGCGCCAGCUGCUUCCGGACGGACGGACCGCGCGUGCCUCCCAUCUACAUUCAGACGGGCCCGAGUCCAAGUCUGAUGGGCUUCAGGUAUGAAUUGACGGCCGACGGGAUAGCUGCGAUGAGCUCGGAUCGCGCCGCUUCAUGUCGCCCGUGCAACGACACGGAGCUUCUGAUGGCAGUCUGUACCAGCGACUUUGUGGUCCGAGGCUUCAUCGAGGGUGUCCGUCACCGUCCGGAUCUUCAAAUCUCACUGGUGGACGUGUCGGCGACGAAGGUCUGGCGGCAGCGUGGCGGCCUCUUUGAGCGGGAGGCUCCUCGAUCGCCGCGGUGGCGCGGCGUCAUCCGCGCUCACCUACGGUGCGGCGUGAAGCCCGGUGAAGGCCAGUUUCUUUUUACUGGCUGGGAACACUUCUGGGAAGCGUGGUUGGGCUGCGCCCCGCAUUAUAAAGACUUCCUGGAUGUCUACCGGAACGCUAAAGUGGGACUUCGGAAUCCCUGUGUUUUCCGUUUGGAUGAAUAGAUGUCACACUUUUUUCUGGCUUAAAAACACCCAACAGUUGUUGUUGUUGUUUUUUUUAAUUGUAGUUUAUUUGAAAUGAUUGUAAAUAAACUUACUGACCAAUAGUUGAAUCUGCUUGCAAUAACUGGGCAAUGUUGAGAGUGUGCUCAACUUGUAGCUUGCAAGCCAGCCUGACAUUGGCCAUGUAAGACAGUUGUCUCCAACCCGGUCCUCAAAGGCCAAACUGUGGGUCGUGGUUUUUGUUCCCGCCGAUCCAGCAAAGAUACUGUAGUUGAACCAAUGAGGUUUCUGCUAAAACAAGCAGCACCUGACUGCAAUCAACUGACUGCACUUGUAAAACACCAGAUUGGUGAAAAAGUGUCAUCAUCUUGUCUGGUUGGAAUGAAAUCCUGCAGUGUUAGCAAUGUUAGCUCUGCCUUUGACUCGGUCUGACAGAAAGUUUAGGGUUUAGAAAGCUUGUUUUGGUGUUCUAACGAGACUUUACGUUGUGCAGGACGCUGAAAAAAAGCUACCAUCGAGCCCCCUUACAGCAGCCUCUUCCUCAGAUACGACCGGAAGGCACGACACCUUUCAAAGCCCCCGAGAGUGUAAAAAACAUUUGCCGUGGCUUCCCUUCAUGACAUAUCACAAAGUCCGUCUCGUGCGCUGUGACUCGUCUCGGUCGAUAUUGGAGCGGAGUGGAAAUUCGGUUGGAACCGCAGAAAUGCAGACUGAGUUGCAAUGUAUUUUGUGCAUCUUGUUUGUGUAAUGUUCCCUUUGCUUUGUGACACUGUUGUUUGAAGUUUUCCACAUUUUCCACACAAGAAAGAAUAUUUAUAUUUGAACAUUCAAGUUUGAGUCUGAAAAUUGCUCAUUUGAAUGCAAUAAGUGUAUUUUACUGCAGACUGUUUUGCUUUUUUUCAGCAAUAAAGAUCAUUUGU